AUGGCACGGGUACAGAAACACCUGCCAAUUUUUUUCACGGCAACUAACGCGAGUCAGCUGCGGGUUACCUGCGCUAAUUCCAUCUGGGUUUCAAUUAAUCGAACUGCAGCUCAGAAUUUAGUGACUAGUGUGGCUGUAACUGUAAGAGCGGUCCUGACUGCUGGCUUUUGGGUGCAGUAUGAAGCAAAUAACUCAAUCUGCAGUGAAUGCAAUCGGUCAGGUGGAUGGUGUGGGUAUAACACAAGUUCCAACUCGUUUGCCUGCUAUUGUUCUGAUCGGCCGUAUGAUCGUAUGUGCAACCGCACCAGCUUUCGAAGUCAGAAAGGCUACUUCAUUGCCAUUGCUAUUGGUGGGACGGUAGAAAAAUUAGCAGUGUGCAUGGUCUACUCUCAAAAGACGUUCAUUUUGGGAAGCAGAGUCGUCUCCUGGAGGUCGGAUGAAGAGAAUAACGAACAAGUCGAAGCAUUCGUGAAGGAACAUGGAUCAAUUGCUCCCAAGCUGUACAAAUAUUCAGAAGUCAAGAAAAUGACCAAUUCAUUUGCUGACAUAUUGGGACACGGGGGAUAUGGUAGCGUGUACAGAGGCAAGCUAUCUGAUGGCCGUCUGGUAGCAGUAAAAGUCUUGAAUGAUGACAAGGGCAGUGAAGACGAAUUCAUUAAUGAAGUUGCCAGCAUUUGCAGAACUUCCCAUGUUAAUGUGGUCACGCUGUUAGGUCACUGUUACGACAGGAAGAAGAGGGCGCUGACCCACGAGUUCAUGCCCAAUGGAUCCUUGGACAGAUUCAUACAUGAGAAAGAAUCAUCAGAGGAUACGAAUACAGAUUGUCAGUUGGAGCGGAGAACGUUGUACGAAAUUGCAGUUGCCACUGCACGAGGUGUGGAGUAUCUACACCGAGGUUGGUUGCAACACAAGAAUUGUUCACUUCGACAUAAAGCCUCAGAAUAUUCUGUUGGACAAAGACUUCUGUCCCAAGAUCUCUGA